AUGUGUUUGAUUUGCCGAGAAACAGUAGCUGUAUUUAAAGAAUAUAAUGUUAAAAGGCAUUAUGAAACAAAACAUAAUGAUUAUUUGAAAUUUAGUAGUGAAGUGAAACAAUCGAAGCUCAGGGAAUUUACGUCACAAUUAAAAACUCAACAAAAAAUGUUAAGUUCAGCAUUACAGCAACCAUCUAAUAUCGUUAAAGCAAGUUAUUCUGUCUCAUUUUUGAUUGCAAAAAAAAUGAAAAAAUUUUCAGAUGGUGAAUUUGUGAAAGAAUGUUUGGAAGCUGUAGCAAAGGAUAUUUUACUUGAUAAAAAUAAACUUUUUUCGAAUAUAAGUUUAUCCCGACAAACAGUAUGUCGUCGAAUUAAUGACAUUUCAAACGAAAUUAUUGUAAAACUACGCGAUCGAAUUCAAGAUUUUAAAUAUUUUUCUAUUGCAUUUGACGAAAGUACAGAUAUAUCAGAUACAGCUCAACUUGUAAUAUUCGUUCGUGGAGUAAAUGAAUCAUUUCAAAUAACUGAAGAAAUGUUAAAAUUGAUAAGUUUGAAAGGAACUACAAAAGGUGAAGAUAUUUUUCACGCUUUUGAAAACAGUUUAUGCGAAAACAAUUUGGAUUUGGAAAUUAUUUCUGGAAUAUCAACUGAUGGUGCACCUGCUAUGGUUGGCUAA